AUGAACAUCCGCUGCGCCAAACCGGAGGACCUAAUGACCAUGCAGCACUGCAAUCUGCUGUGCCUGCCGGAGAACUACCAAAUGAAGUACUACUUCUACCAUGGGCUCACCUGGCCUCAGCUCAGUUACGUGGCCGAGGACGACAAGGGCGGCAUUGUGGGCUAUGUCCUGGCCAAGAUGGAGGAGCCGGAACCAAACGAGGAGAGCCGCCACGGGCACAUCACUUCGCUGGCCGUUAAACGUUCCUAUCGGCGACUAGGCCUGGCCCAGAAGCUCAUGAACCAGGCCUCCCAGGCCAUGGUCGAGUGCUUCAAUGCCCAGUAUGUCUCGCUGCACGUGAGAAAGAGCAACCGGGCUGCCCUGAACCUCUACACCAACGCCCUCAAGUUCAAGAUCAUCGAGGUGGAGCCCAAGUACUAUGCCGAUGGCGAGGAUGCCUACGCCAUGCGGCGCGACCUCAGCGAGUUUGCUGACGAAGAUCAGGCCAAGUCUUCUAAGCAGGCGGGCGAUGAGGAGGAGAAGGUAGCCCACAGAUCCAGCGGACAUGGUCACUCGCACAACCACAGUGGUCACGAUGGCCAUUGUUGCUGAACCAAUUCGCUGCCGGCGCAUGCGGGUUUCGACGUUUUUUUGCAUUUUUAUGCAUUAGGGUUUUGUAAUUAAUUAACUGAUAAAACGUAACUAAAAUUAAAACAGAAGUAAUGACAAAAACGUGUUAUUUUUACAACAGCUAUGGGUUUCGAAAAAACACUUUUGUUUACCAUCGCCGUUUCAUAAUUUAUAUUUUACAUUUUGUCAUUUUACAAGAUUUAUUUUCUAUAAAUACAAAAAUACUGAAAAAAUUUAAAAAUUAGUUAUUACAUGACAACUAACAAAUUUUUGCAAAUGUAAUUUCUACUUCAAAUGUAACAAAUCAAAAUCAAUUAAUUUAAUAAUUUUUUAGUAAACUAUAUUUUUGAAAUACAUAACUAUAUACACAUAAAUAAACACCACUAUAAUUUAAAUGUUCAAAAUUUAAAAUUUACUUGAGAAAUUAAUCAUAAAAGAACACCUUUUCAAAUUAAAAAAAAAUUUUUUGUUUUGCGA